AUGUCAACCACUGAAACAAAAGCUGAAGAAUUGGUCAACAAACUUACCGAAAAGACAGCCACUCUCAAGCUUGAAGUUGACGUCUCCAAACGAGUAGCUGGUGGUUUUGAAGGAAGUUAUGUUGAAGCUUUACCACCAACAACUAGAGCACGUUAUGAAAGACAUGGUAUCAACUUAAGUCAAGGAUAUCCAGAAAAACCACCAUCUGAUCGAAUCCCAUUAUAUGUUGAUGAUGCUCAUAAAGUUAGAGAUAAAGUUCAAGAUUAUAUUCCAAGAGGUAAAAAUGCAGAUCCAGAAAAAAAAGCUUUAUUUAAAAAAGUUAAACAAGUCAAACAUCUCACCAAACAUAUCGGUACUGAAUUAAUUGGUGUUCAAUUAUCAGACUUGAAUGAACAAGAAUUAGAUGAAUUAGCACUUUUAAUCGCUGAAAGAGUUGUUGUUUUCUUUAGAGAUCAAGAUUUAUCACCACAAAAACAAUUAAAAAUUGGGGAAUUUUUUGGCAAUGUUGAAGUUCAUCCUCAAGUUCCUCAUGUUCCAGACUUACCAGGUACUACUGUUAUUUGGAACGAGUUAGCCAGACGCAAUGGUCUUAAUGUCUCUUGGAAGAAUGCUAAAGCAGGUACUGGUACAUGGCAUUCAGAUUUACCUCAUGAAAGACAACCACCAGGUAUUACACAUUUGCAUAAUGAUGCUAUUCCUGAAAUUGGUGGUGAUACUUUAUGGGCUUCAGGUUAUGCUGCUUAUGAUAAACUAAGUCCAGCAUUUCAAAAAUUUCUUGAAGGUAAAGUUGCUGUACAAAGAUCUAUGCACACUUAUUUAGAUAGAGAGAAUCCUUUGAAUGGUGGUGCUCAAAUUUUGAGAGAACAACCAAUCGUUAGAACACAUCCAGUUACUGGUUGGAAAUCUUUAUACGUGAAUCGUGAUUGGACUGUAAGCAUUAAAGGUUUAGAACCGGAUGAAUCCAAGUUGAUUUUGAAUUAUCUUUAUGAUGUUUAUGAAAAAAAUCUUGAUAUUCAAGUUAGAUUCAAUUGGAAACCAACUGAUCCAAACUUAGGUACAUCUGCCUUAUGGGAUAAUAGAGUUAGUCAACAUGCUGCUGUCUGGGAUUAUGGUGGUGAAGAACCAAGACACGGUACAAGAGUUACUUCUUUAGCUGAAGUUCCCUACUUUGAUCCAGAAUCUAAAUCUCAAAGAGAGGCUUUGGGUUUAACUAAAUGA